GCGACACCGCGCCUCCGAGGCCUGAGAUCCGCAGAGCCCAGGAGGGCAAACGGUUGUUUGUUCGAACGUUUUUUUUCCUCUUUGUCCCCCUUUUCAUAAAAAAUGACGAAAAAGUUUGAGUUUAAUUGGCAGAGGGAAACGCCCCAGUUGUUGCUCACGGGGGGCACCUUUGACAGGUGGAAGGAGGACAAGGACGGCACGGACAUCGAGCCAAACUGUUUGUGCAAAGUCGACAAGUACGGGUUUUUCUUGUACUGGAAGAGCGACGGCAAGGACGGAGAAGUCAUAGAACUCGCCCAAGUGAGCGACAUACGAUUCGGCGUACCACCCAAGGACUCGAAGAUAAUCAGCAAACUGAGCAAACACGGGACGCCGGAACAGAUAGACGAAAAAACGUUCAUCAUAUGCUCCGGCGCGGAUUACACCAACAUCAAUUACAUGCACUUUACGACACCGGACGCCAAAACUGCCAAGGACUGGCAAGCCGCGUUGAGAUUCGUCACCCACAACACGAAAGCGAGCAACGUGUGUCCAACUACGCAGUUGAUGAAACAUUGGAUGAAGUUGAGCUUCCAAGUGGACCCGAAGGGCAAAGUUCCGGUCAAAGUGAUCACUAAAACCUUCGCGUCCGGCAAAACUGAGAAACUCGUCUACCAAGGCUUGAAAGAGCUCGGCUUGCCCGAUGGAAAAAACGACAAAAUGGAACCGGAGGCCUUCACCUUCGAGAAGUUUUACUCCCUUUACUUCAAAAUAUGCCCGAGAAACGACAUAGAAGAGCUGUUCGGCUCCAUAACAAAAGGUAGAUCCGAGACCAUCAACAUAGAACAGUUCGUGCAGUUUAUGAACGAGAAGCAGCGCGACGCCCAGCUCAACGAGAUCCUCUAUCCGUUGUACAGCGAGGCUAGAUGCACGGAAAUCAUAAACGACUACGAGACGGUCGAAGCCAACAAAAAAGCCAGAAGACUGUCCAAGGAUGGGUUCAUCCGGUACCUCAUGUCGGACGAGAACGCGCCGGUGUUUCUGGAAAAGCUCGACGAGUGGAUGGACAUGGACCAGCCGCUGAGCCACUACUACAUCAAUUCCAGCCACAACACGUACCUAAGUGGCAAACAAGUCGGCGGCAAGAGCGCCGUUGAAAUGUACCGGCAGACCCUACUGGCCGGCUGCAGGUGCGUCGAGCUCGAUUGUUGGGACGGCAAGACGCCCAAGGACGAGAUAAUCAUAACCCACGGUAAAGCCAUGUGCACCGAUAUCCUCUUCAAGGACGUGCUGGUUGCCAUAAGGGACUGCGCCUUUGUGUCCACCGAGUACCCGGUGAUCCUCAGUAUCGAGAAUCACCUGUGCAUGUCGAACCAGUUGAAAAUGGCCCAAUACUUUGACGAGAUAUUCGGCGAUUUGCUACUGAAAACGGCCCUUCCCGAUUAUCCGCUCUACGUGGAAGGACACCCAUUGCCCCCGCCGUCGGCGAUGAAGAAAAAAAUACUGAUAAAAAACAAACGGCUGAAGCCCGAAGUGGAAAAGACAGAGCUCGAGCUCUUCCUCGCGGGUAAAUUCGAAGUCAAGGACGAAGUCGUCGAGGACGCGAGCGCUCCCGCUCCACCGCCUGCCGAAGCACCGCCACCAGCACCGGAAGCUCCAGCGGCAGCCGCUCCCCCGGGCGAAGGUGCACCACCCGGCGAGGCCGGUGGCGAGGGCGGUGCCGCCGCACCGGUCUACACCGGCAGCGCCACAUCCUGCCAUCCUCUCCUAUCCUCGAUGAUCAACUACGCCCAGCCCGUCAAGUUUCAGAGCUUCGAGCACGCCGAGAAAAAAAACAUCCACCACAACAUGUCCUCGUUCUCCGAGACGGCGGCGAUGAACCACUUGCAAAAGAGCGGCGUCGAGUUCGUCAACUACAACAAGCGCCAGAUGAGCCGAAUAUACCCCAAAGGCACCCGAGUCGAUUCCUCGAACUACAUGCCCCAGGUGUUCUGGAACGCGGGCUGUCAGAUGGUGGCGCUCAAUUACCAGACGCCCGACUUGCCGAUGCAGCUCAACCAGGGAAAAUUCGAGUACAACAACAUGACCGGUUACCUACUAAAGCCCGAUUUCAUGCGCAGACCCGACAAAAACUUCGAUCCCUUCUCAGAGGGCGUCGACGGCGUCAUCACCCAAACCUGCUCCGUGCGGGUCAUUGCCGGUCAGUUCCUGUCCGACAAGAAGGUAGGAACGUACGUCGAGGUGGACAUGUACGGUUUGCCGGCCGACACCAUAAAGAAAGAGUUCAAAACGAGAAUGGUCCCGGCGAACGGCCUCAACCCGGUGUACAACGAGGAGCCAUUUGUCUUCCGGAAAGUCGUCCUGCCGGACCUGGCCGUGCUCAGAUUCGGUGUUUACGAGGAGAGCGGCAAAUUGAUCGGUCAGAGGAUUUUGCCCCUGGACGGGCUGCAGGUGGGCUACCGGCACAUAUCGCUGAAAAACGAAGCGAACUUUCCCAUGGCUCUGCCCAUGCUCUUCUGCAGCAUUGAGAUGUCGAUUUACGUGCCCGACGGCUUUGGUGAUUUCAUGGCGAUGCUGUCGGAUCCGGGAGCGUUUGGCAAAGGAGCGGAAAAAAGAGACGAGGCCAUGAAGGGACUCGGAAUCGAGCAAACGGACUCGAAGGCCGAAGCCAAGAAGAAGGAGGAAGAGGAGAGAAAAAAGAAAGAGGAAUUCAAGCUGCCGCCGUGCAAUUUCGUGAACCUGCGCCGAGAAAAGUUCUGCAAGGCGAGCAAAAAGUGCGUCAAAGAGUUGGACACUUUGAAAAAGAAGCACACGAAGGAGAGGCAAACGAUGCAGAAAAACCAUUGCACAGCCAUCGAGAAAUUGACCAAAGGAAAAGACAAAGACGCGCUCGUCAAAGACGAGAACAUAAAGAAGCUCGUGAAAGAGCAAAUGGCCCAGUGGACCCAAAUGAUGGAGAAACAACGCAAGGAAGAGUGGGAUCUCAACAAGGCGCAGCUCGAGUCCUGCAAACAGGACGUCAAGGAGUGCAUACCGGCCGUCCAGGCGAACCAGGUCAAACUUUUGGAAGCCAAACACGACAAAGACGUCAAGGAGUUGAACGCUAGUCAAGCCAAGGUGUCGGCCGACACGGCAAAGGAAGUUAUGGCCGACAAGGCUUUGAAGACGAAGGGCGACAAGGACAGGAGACUCAAGGAGAAGAGGGCAAACAACAUCAAGAAGUUCAUGGACGAGAAGAAAAAUCUGGCCAUCAAGCAGGGCAAGGAAAAGGAGAAGCUCAAAGUCACUCACGAGAAACAGCUCAAGGAGAUCGAUAAGGACCUCGAGGGGGUCAGUCUAUUGUGA